GCCGCGUUCCGGCCCCCCCCCAUGGACGAGCUCCGGUGAGGCCGCUCCGGCGGCAGCUCGGGCCGGGCCGGGGCGGAGCCUGGCGGCCGCCUCCGCCGCUCCCCGCCGCGGCUGACGUGGCCCGGGCGCGGGGCGGACAUGGCGGACGGCAGCAGGCAGAGCAGGCUGGCGGCGGCCAAGAAGAAGCUUAAGGAAUAUCAGCAGAAGAACAACCCCGGAGCAACCGCAGGGACAAAGAAAAAGCGCAAAACUAAAGAAGACAGUCGAGCAGAAACUCCUCCCAUCGACGACCAGCAGCCUCCAGAGAACAUUCAGAACAUUCUGAAGGUGCUGGUGUCAGACCUUAACCGCUCCAAUGGGGUAGCCAUACCCUCAUUGGACAAGAGGAAGGCAUACUUUGACAGUGAUGUUGCCACUCGUAAUGCUGAACAGCUUGCUACCGAUGUCCCUGUGCUAUCUAACAGCAACAGCCUACCUAGCUGUGGUUCUGUUCUGCCUGCUCCUGGGAGCAUGCAGCUGACACAGGUUCAUGACACCGAGGACCAUAAAAAUGCUUUGGAUGAGAACAGGUCUUUCUCCUCAACAGAAAGUCUCCGGCAGUUGUCAGAACAACUCAAUGGCCUCGUUUCUCAGUCUACAUCGUAUGUGAAUGGUGAAAGUGCUGUUUCUUCCACAAACAUUAAGGAAAUGGAAACACGUUACCAGGAGCUGGCAGUAGCCCUGGAUUCCAGCAAUCUAACUAACAAACAGCUCGUUACAAAGAUAGAGGAAUUGAAACAGCAGAACGAAGAAGCAGUGAAUCAGCUGGAGAAGGAAAAGAAGGAGUUUGAACAGAAGUUUUCUAAGGAGCAAGCAGCACUGAGGGAACAGCUCCAGGUUCAUAUCCAGACAAUUGGAAUUCUGGUGUCUGAGAAGUCUGAGUUGCAGACAGCCCUUGGACAUACUCAGCAAGCAGCACGGCAGAAAUCAGGAGAAGCUGAAAGCCUUGCUGCUCGUUUACAUUCAUCUCGCCAGAGGGUAUCGGAGCUGGAACGUACUUUGUCCUCCAUCUCUAUGCAGCAGAAACAGUCAGAGAAGCAUAACAAAGAGUUGGUGAAGGAGCGAGACAACCUGAAGCUGGAACUGUACAAACAAAGCAAAAGUAGUGAGGAAAUAAAGCAGCAGAAUUCAGAGCUGUCAGAGCAAGUUCACUCACUGAUUUCCAAGAACUCGGCUAUGAAGUUGGAUAUGGAGGAUUUGCAUAAGAAGCUGGAAAUGGCUGAACUGAUGAUUCAACAGUUCUCAAGUCAGGCAGGGAGUCUGGAUGCAAACCACCACUUGCAGAUGGCACUGGAGGAGAAGGCAAGCCUGGAAGCCCAGGUUGCUCAGCUCUCAGAGUCACUUCAGCAGCUCCAGGCAGAAAGAGAUCAGUACGUAGAGAAACUGAAGGAGGAGCAGAGCAUUUGGCAGCAGCGGGUACAGCAGCUCUCUGAGCAGGUUCACACAAUGGCAGAGGAGAAGGAGAAGCAUAUGGCCCAAAUUCGGGAGCUGGAAGCCAAUGUGACAGAGCUGUUAAGCAAAUCAGUUAAGCCCAUGGAUAUUGAACCUUCCUCACCAGAAAGGCCCACAGCAGCUGAGCUGAGUCUGCAGGAAGAGAUCCAGCGGCUGCAGCAAGAGAAAGAGGAAUUGCAUGGGCAGUACCAGGCCCAGGUCCGGGACAACGAGCAGCUGAGCCACCUCAACAGGGAGCAGGAGGAGCGACUGCUGGAGCUCGAGAAGGCUGUGCAGCGCUACAACGAGGAGUCUGUGGACAGGCAGCAGAUCCUGGAGGACAUGCAGAGUGACAAGGCCACAAUCAGCAGGGCGCUGAGCCAGAAUCGGGACCUGAAGGAGCAGCUGGCUGAGCUGCAGAAUGGGUUUGUCAAACUGACAAAUGAAAACAUGGAGAUUACCAGUGCCCUACAGUCAGAGCAACAUGUAAAGAAAGAGCUAGCCAAGAAGCUUGGGCAGCUGCAGGAGAACCUGGGAGACCUCAAAGAGACGCUGGAGCUGAAAACACAGGAGGCUCAGGGUCUGCAGGAGCAGCGGGACCUCUACUACAGCCACUUGCAGCAGUACACUGUGGCCUACCAGCAGCUGUCUGCUGAGAAGGAGGAGCUGCACAAACAGUACUUGCUCCAGACACAGCUUAUGGAUCGGCUACAGCAUGAGGAGGUUCAGGGGAAGGUGACAGUGGAAAUGCACCUGAAGGAGCUGCAGCAGACCAAGGAAAAUCUGGAAGCUGUAGCUAAGGAAAACAAGGAGCUGCAGGCCCAGAUCAGUCAGUUAGCAGCAGACCUGGAUGGCAGGAUUUUGCACCGGUUAGAGGGAGAUGGAGUUGAAAGUGAAGCAAUGACUGAAGAAAUCCCCAAAUCUUCAUUUGUGAUCCCAGAGAAGUUUGAAAGCCAUGAAGAAAUGGUCGAUUUCUUGACAUCGACCAUGUCCCAAGUGGAGAAGGAGCGAGAAGAUCUGAGGCAGCAGCUGGCUGCUCAGAGGCAGCAGUGCAGAGGCCUCCUGCAGCAAAUAGCAGCUCUCAGGCAGGAGCAGCAACAUCACGUCCCGCUGGGUGGAGGUUCUGCUAUGGAUACUGUUCCAGUGGAGGUUCACGAGGCUUUGAAAACUGCCAUGGAGAAACUACAGUUCCGCUUCACAGACCUGAUGCACGAGAAGGCUGAUAUGAAGGAGCGGCUGGAGGAGUUGGAGCAUCGCUGCAUCCAGCUCUCUGGCGAAACAGACACCAUUGGGGAGUACAUCGCAUUGUACCAGAGUCAAAGGGCUAUCCUCAAACAGCGACACCAGGAGAAGGAGGAGUAUAUCAGCAGAUUGGCUCAGGAUAAGGAAGAUAUGAAGGUGAAAUUACUGGAACUACAGGAUUUAGUGAUGCGUGUGGUCAGGGAAAGAAAUGAAUGGUACAGCAAGUAUGUAGCAGCUGCUCAAAACCCAGAGCUGUUGGCAAGCCAGAGUGAAGGUGUAUCGCCAGUGGAGAGGCGCAUUGAACUGAACGCUACUGAUGGAGAAGGGCUACGAGACGUGAAUUUAUCAGAUGAAAUGGAACAAGAAGCUGCAGUUCUGCAUCAAUCCGGUUUCUCCCCCAUUGACAGUAAAGCUGCUCAGCCAAGCCAGGAGGACUCCACCGCAAAGCAAAUCAUGCAGCUUCUCAGAGAAAUCCAGAACCCUCAGGAGAGGCUGAACUCCCUGCUGGAGAACCCCUGCAUUCCCUUCUUCUACCGUGCGGAUGAGAACGAUGAGGUCAAAAUCAUGGUAGUUUAAGAGGUGCUAAACCUUAUUCACAGCAGUUUUCUGUGAGCCUGAAAGGACUUCAGUGACUUGUACGUGCCCAUACCUCUGCUCAGUGCCCUUGGUCAGAACAGAUGCUUAAAGACAUCAGGAAAGAGGGAUUGCAUCAGCCAGAACUUGAGCAUCAGCCCUCAUCUUCCCUUUCUUCUGUUACUUGGUGUGCUUGGAGCUCAGACUAACCUUGGGAGGCAGCUGGUGCUGGCACUUGGCCGGGGAAAGGGGCUUCCAUGACUUGGGGCAAAUGACUGAAUCCCCUGUGCUGGACUCUGGUGCCAGCAGCCAGCUUCCCAGCAGCGGUUCUGAUCCAUCACUCAUGACUGUCAUCAGCCUAGUCCCUUCCAGGGCUCCCAAAGUAACUAACUUAUUCUGGUAAUGAACUCUUUGGACGUUAAACAGGUUAUUUCUGUUUCAUACUAUAUAUCUUAAACUUCCCUCUUUCUUCUGCAGCCUGCCUCUUGCAACUGUAUUUGAAACCAGCCUUGAACAGCCAACAGGUAGAGGCUCCUGGCUGUUUCCAGUGCUAGGGUGAGGACCCAGGGUUGCCUUUUGAGUCUUUUUGGUUACUUGACAAAGCUUUAUGUGAUUCUUGGGAGUGGGGUGGAAAUGUAACUGCACUUUGAAGGAUGUGUUUCACUUGUAUGUGUCUGAAGGUUUUAUUUAUUUUAAAAAGGGGAGAAAUAAGUAAAAGGAAGCCACUUAAUAAACAUGCUUUGUUUUGAA